CAAAAGUGGGUCCAUGGCCCACGCAAGCUUGGGAAGGUUUGAAUUCCAGACGAGAAGGAACAACAACUCCUGUCCACGACGGAAAACGACAAGCGAACUAGAUGAACAUGAGACUGAGAACCUUUUCAUCUGGUUGAUUUCUUGUCCUUCUCCGCAUACCCGCAGCAUUGGCUCGAUCCCGCUCUUAUAACGCCUCGCCAGUCAGCUCAAAGUCAAAGCCCUUGGGAUUCGGGACCGAUCGGCCCAAACAUUGCUUCCAUUCAACUAGUAUUCGGUUUGCCUCUGUGUAUUUUUUUCUUAGAAAAUCAGCGGUCAAAAGAGACACCAGCUUCUUCGCCUUCUUUGUUCUUUUCUUUUGGAAUUUUCCAUCCGGCGCAAUGGCUUCACCUCCGUCGCCAAGAUCCACGAUCCUUGGACCAAGAAGCCGAUUGGAGCUACGACUCAAUUUCCAAGCUAACAUUGAGAAUACUGGGCACAUCUCUGGGUCUCACUCUGUGCCGAUGCUGCCCUCGUCUGGCCCCCCGGCUGCUCUUGAAAUUGGCGCUUCUGGCGUUUUUCCUGAGAAGCAGCCUGACUUUAACAACUUCGAUAUUAUCCGCCGCAACACCCUUCCGCCGCGCAGCUAUUUUUUUCUUUAUGAAAAUGAGAAAGAUGCUUUAUCGCACGACACAUCCAAGGCCAAGUGCCAACUCUUGUCCGGCAAGAAAUGGAAAUUCAGCUUCUCCAAGAACCCCUUCCAGGGUGAGGUUGACUUCUACAAGGAGUCCUUUGACGUUUCCGACUGGGAUGAAGUUCAAGUCCCGGGUAUGUGGAAUCUACAAGGCUAUGGAAAGGGUCCGCAUUACACCAACAUGGACUACCCCUGGAACCCAAACCCGCCCUACGUUCCUCUCGAUGACAACGAAUGCGGACGUUAUGUUACGCACUUUGAAGUGGCUGAAGAUCUCGAGGGUCAUCAGAUGCGCCUGAGGUUUGAAGGUUGUGAGACUGGACUCACUGUAUAUGUGAACGGUCACGAUGUUGGCUAUUCUCAGGGGUCAAGAAACCCUAGUGAAUUUGAUGUUUCCAAAUACAUCAAGUUCGGCAAGACCAACACACUGGCUGUUGAGGUGUAUCAGAGGACCAACGGUGUCUACCUGGAAGAUCAGGACCAUUGGUGGUUGGCUGGCAUUUUCCGCGAUGUUUACCUGCAUGCCUGGCCGAAGCCUGCUCACAUUGAAGACUUCUUUGUUCAUGCUCUGCUUGAUGCAACUUACCAAGAGGGCAUUCUCAAGGUGGAUGUCCAGCUCAGUGACAAAGCCAAAGUUCAUCUAAAGCUUCUAGACGCAGAUGGCAAGGAGAUACUCACGUCGUCCCAGACCGGCUCGCCAAACGUUGUCUUUGAACUCGACGUCAGUAACCCACACAAGUGGUCAGCUGAGGAACCAUAUCUAUACAGCCUCGUGCUGUCCGCGGAUGAUCACUAUAUUUCACAGAAGAUUGGAUUCAGAAGAACCGAGCUGAUUGAUGGCGUGUACUGCAUCAAUGGACAACCCAUCAAGUUCAGAGGCGUCAAUCGUCACGAACAUCACCCGGAUUUUGGCCGGGCCGUACCUUACGACUUUAUGCGUAGAGAUCUCCUCAUGAUGAAGAAACACAACAUCAACGCUAUACGUACCUCCCACUACAUCAACGACCCACGAAUGUACGACGUUGCCGACGAGCUGGGCCUUUGGAUCCUUGACGAAGCCGAUCUUGAAUGUCACGGCUUCGGUACCUGCGGUGGCGAUGCCUCCGCAUAUGCAUCAGACAACCCGGAUUGGGAGGAGGCGUACGUCGAUCGCGCGCGCCAGAUGGUUCAACGUGACAAGAACCACGUCUCGGUUGUCAUCUGGUCGCUCGGUAACGAAUCCUUCUAUGGUCGCAACCACCAGGCAAUGUACGACUACAUCAAAUCAGUGGAUAAGACGCGUCUUGUACACUACGAGGGUGAUUGGGAGGCCAGGUCAGCAGAUAUAUUCAGCUGCAUGUACCGACCCCAAGACCAAAUGGUUUCUUGGGGGGAAGACAAGGCCUGGUCCAAACCACUCAUCAUGUGCGAGUACAUUCACGCCAUGGGCAACGGACCUGGAGGUGCCAGCGAGUACGUCGAGGCCUUUUACAAGUAUCCGCGACUGAUGGGUGGGUUUGUCUGGGAAUGGGCAAACCACGGCCUGCGUACCAAGACACCCGAAGGCGAGGAGUACAUGGGUUAUGGUGGUGACUUUGGGGACGAGCCCAAUGACUACAACUUUGUCAUGGACGGCUUGAUCUUCUCCAAUCACACGCCAACACCGGGUCUCACCAACUAUGCCAAGAUCAUUGAGCCCGUCCAAUGUCUACGGCUGCACGGUUCAAAGGUCACUAUCAUCAACCGAUAUGACAUAAUCAGUCUUGACCAUCUCAAAUGCGUCUGGUCUAUCAUCGGGGACGGCCAGCUGAUCGAGGGUGGUGAGCUGAAAAUUCCAACAGGCAUCAAGCCUCAUACCGAAGGAACCAUUCAUUUAGAUAGUCUGCCGCCGCCACCUGUUGGCGAGUCGUAUUUGCAUCUAGACUUCUCGUUGCGUCAUGACACCAGCUGGGCCAAAGCAGGCCACAUUGUGGCAUUUGGCGAAUUCCGUCUCGCCCCUCCCCUGAGUCUUGCUCAUAGCCGCUACCUGGCAGUUGCGCCAGAACACUGUCCAACAAUGGAGCAGAUUACUUCCAACGGCACCCCCAAGCUCGUGAUACGCAGCAGUUGGGGUACCGUUUGGGAGUUUGACCAAACAAUGGGGACGCUGACGUCGUGGAAACGACUUGCCUUUCCGGACACCAACGUACUGACAGAGCCCUUGACCUUUUCCCUGUACCGUGCCCUGACGGACAAUGAUCGAGGCGGCAGCGCCGGCGGUGACUGGAGAAACAGCCGCCUGCACCAAGUCAAGGCGCAUCCUCUACAGGUCAAGUGGGAGCGCCGUCCAGACGGCAGCCUGGAGAUCACCGCACAUCACCGCGUCGCCCCUCCCGCGUUGAACUGGGGUCUGAUGACGACCACCUCGUACCGCUUCGUGGGAGGCUCAGUCAGCAUCAGCGUCAGCGCCAAAAUCAACGGGUACCGCAAGCCACGAUGGUUCGCCAAGUUCGGUCUCAAACUCGGCCUCGCCGACGUGGAAUCUGCGAAAUGGUUUGGCCGAGGACCUGGAGAGUCUUACCGCGACAAGAAGCUCUCUCAGGCGUGGGGCAACCACGAAGAGAAGAUCGACAAGCUCUUUGUCGACUACGAGUUCCCGCAAGACGGUGGAAGUCGCUCCGAUGUACGAUGGGUUGAGUUUUGUCGCAAGGAGGGCGGCAAGGUGCUACGUGCCCGUUUUGGGGACUUUGAAGGGGCUGGAUUCCAGGCGCUUCGGUAUUCGACCGAGGACUUGGAUGAGUGUACUCAUCCAUACGAGUUGUACAAGAGGAAGAGAAAGGACACGGUUGUGAGCUUGGAUUGGGUCCAUCAUGGACUUGGGACAGGAAGCUGUGGGCCGUCCACACUGGCUCAGUAUGAGCUCAAAGCGGACCAGGACUUCAAGUUUCACGUGUUGUUGGACUAAGUUUUUUCAUGGGCCAUGUAGUGAUUGUAGUACUUCUUGGAGUAUUUCCCAUGGUAUCAGCGAUCUGCGGUUAUGUCACGGCUACUGCCGCUACUCAGUUAAACAGCAACAAAACACAAAAGGCUUUUGGAUUUUCUUGGAGUUUUGAACAAGGACUUGCUUGCUAGGCUACCGUCUAAUUUUCAAGUAUGUUGAAUCUAUAUCUGUGAUCUAAUUGACAACUGCACCAGCCGACCUUUUCCAAAUAUCGAGAUAGAGCCUCAUUUUUCUCGUAAGUUUGUCC